AUGGAGCGACGGGCGCAUUUUGGUCACAUGGACUGGGAAUGGGAGAAUGGCCGUGGUGCAGUCGAUGCGACAAGUCCUUUUGCUCAGGUCCAACCACAACGCACUCCAGCUGCUCAACCCUCUGCAUCAUCAUCCUCCUCCCAAUCGAAUUCCCAAAACAAUCCUUUCAACGGCGCUGCAAGACAGACUAGUCCAACUCGGAAUCCCUUCGCUGCCGCUCCUCCUUCAAGGUCGAUCUUCAGUCCCAAUCUGCAGAGGACAAGUAAAGGAUCGGCUUUUCGAAAUGUCACCUUCACGACCCCGGCUUUUUCUACCCCUCAAACGAGUCGCCUCGCAGACAUAGACUUUGACGACAGCCCCGCUAUGACCGAGGCCUCCGAAUUGCAGGAGACCCCAGAGGCCGAGAAAUCAGAUUUCCUGGAGAGCCCUAGCAUGUCUAGUCCCGAACGACCGGCCCGCAGUGUGGCCCAGGCGAUGAGGUCUGGGAAGGGCAGUCUGCCGCGUGCGACAGGUGUCGGCUUACCCAACGAUCGGGUGCGCAAGAGAGCGCGCAACAAUAGAGACAGAGACAUUGGCAGCACACGCACGCGACUGCCGGGGGGGUGCGACGAGGACGACAGCGACUUUGAGGAAUACAACGAUUCCAGAGACAGGCGCGCCAAGUCCAGGGAGAACAUGGGCUGGCUGUACUAUAUCCUGAGCACCAUCUCUUCAAACCCAGAGGCUCCCAUCAUAUUCUCCUGGUACCUGCAGGUCUUUGUCAACUCGUCUCUCGGUGGUCUUUUGCUGUGGACAGCUUGGGGUAUCGUCUCGGCUGUGAGAGGCGAAGUCAUCUACUCGUCGGAGAAGGCGAAACUGAAUCUGCUCGCCGAAAUCGAGCAGUGCAGCAAGCAAUACGCAGCGAACAGGUGUAGCCCCAUCUCUGAGAGGGCACCAGCGCUCGAGCACCUCUGCAACGAGUGGGACCAGUGCAUGACCCAAGACCCUAACAGCGUCGCGGGCGUGAAGGCGUCGGUGAGCCACCUUGCUGACAUCAUCAAUGAGUUUACCUCGCGCCUGUCCUGGAAGUCCAUUACUGUCAUCCUCAUAUUUGCCGUGGUCCUCGUGUUCGCCAACAACAUGGCGUUCAGCAAGUUCCGCCAGCACGUGCGACACUACAAUCAGCAGCGUCCUGGCGAGGCACAGCCCUCUCAUCCAGCCAUGGGCUUCCCCAUGACACCUCAUAAGCCAGACCAGGCUUAUAUCUUUGCGCCGAUUGGCCACACGCCCAAGCACAUCCGGCGGGCGCUUUUCCAGGACGAGACGGAUACAGAUGCUUCGCCCGACCUGAAAUUGCUCCCGCCAGUGCGCACGCCGUCGAGAAGGAGUCCUAGUAAAGGGGAACGUAGCAGGAGCCCUUCCAAGCGGAGCCGG